AUGGUCUUCGCCUGGAAAGCCGCCGGUAUCACCUACAACCGCUACCUCGCCGUCGCCUCGCGCGUCGUGCGCCGCAGCUUGAAGGAGGACAAGAGACUCAUUGCUGAGCGUCGUGGAGAGAUGGAUCUCCGUUUCGCCAAGUGGGAGAACGGCAAGCAGGGCGAGGUCAAGAACCUUGCUGAGGCCACCGUCAACGCUCCUCCCCCUUCUUCGUAA